AGGCUUCCAGCCGGUGCUGGAGCCAGUCGUCCACCAGUCGUCUCCACAAGCCGACAUGGCUCUUCAGGUACUGCUGUGCGCAUGCGCGCUGCUGGGGGCGGCCAGUGCGGGCUACCUGGGCUCUCCCGCCGUCUCCUACUCGGCGGCUCCCGCCCUGCGAGGCGGCCUUCCUUACAACGCCGGACUCGGACUCACAGGAGGCCUGGCCGGAGGUGCCACUGCUUCCGCUGCCGCCGCCGCCGCCGCUGCUGCAGCAGCUAGGGCCAGACUGUCUGGUGCUGGCAUCAGUGGCUAUGCUCCUGGCUACACUGGCGCACUAGGAGGUGCCUAUGCUGGCGUUGGUGGUGCCUACUCUCGCCUCGCCACUGGCUACUCUGGUGUCGCACCUGGCUACACUGGCGCUCUAGGAGGUGCCUACCCUGGUGUUGGUAUUGGUGGUGCCUACUCUCGUCUCGCCCCUGGCUACUCUGGUCUCGCCCCUGGCUACGCUGGUCUCGGCGCUGCACGUUACGCUGGUGGUCUGGGCCGCCUCGCUGGUGGGCUGCCCGCCGAGCUGGCUGACCCGUACUACGACCCCAACCCGCAGUACAGCUUCAGCUACAGCGUCAGCGACGCCCUGACCGGCGACGCCAAGCAGCAGCAGGAGAGCCGCAGCGGCGACGUGGUGGAGGGCAGCUACAGCCUGGUCGAGCCCGAUGGCAGUGUGCGCACUGUCCAGUACACGGCCGCCCCUGGUGCAGGUUUUAAUGCUGUCGUCUCCAAGGAUGGUGCCCCAACUGGGCCUGCCCCUCUGGGAGCUGCUGUCUCUCCUGCCACUGUUGGUGCCCGAAACAUCCUCCCAGGAGGCAUACUUCCUGGAGCUGCACGCUCUCUGCUAUCUCCAGCUGCCGCUGCUGGAGUCUACGGAGCACCUCUGAAGACGGCGCAUGCCUCCCUCGCCACGCCACACGCAAAGGUACACUACUAGUGCCCUCGCAAGCUGAUACCUUGUAAAUGUGACCACCGAAUGUAUUGUGAAAACGGCUCUCAUGUACAAAUAAAAUGUACAUAUUUACGAAUUGCUCUGCAAUUUAUCACUGCAAUAUUUGUAUAAAAAUAAAAUUAUCUGUCUUUAUUUAAA